AUCGGACGGCUGCCGUGAGUCCCGGAGGCCCGAGCCCGGCGAGCCGCACCGGAUCGCCCUGCCGCCGCCGCGUCGUGUCGGGACCGGACACUUCACCCGGGCCACACACACCCACCCACCCACCCACCGGCGCGGCGGCGGCACCGGCACCGGCCGCCGGUCUCUUCGUCCCGCCCCCGCUGCCGAGAAGAUUGAAGCAUUUCCAUCUCGAGCCUCCGCGUGGCCGGUCCCGGGGGUGACGCCUCGGGGUAGCGGCGGGAGAUGGUGAAGAUAGUGACGUACAACGUGAACGGGCUGCGGCCGCGGGUGGCGCAGCACGGCUCCCUCCGCCGCCUCCUCGACGCCCUCGACGCCGACAUCAUCUGCUUCCAGGAGACCAAAUUGUCAAGACAGGACCUGUCAGCAGAUGUUAUAAUGGCUGAAGGAUACGAGGCUUUUGUUUCAUGCAAUCGCUCUGCUAAAGGGCGUGGAGCAUACUCUGGUGUUGCAACAUUUUGCCGAGUAACAUCUGCAUUUUCCAGCCAGGAGGUUGCUUUGCCAGUAGCAGCAGAAGAAGGAUUUACUGGACUUCAGGACUAUGCAAAAAACAGCGAAAUUGUUGGGGAUUUUGUUAUUGCAACUCCUGUAGCGGAGGAGGGCCUUGGUGAAAUCACAAGAGAGGACCUUCUAAGGGUGGACAAUGAGGGGCGGUGCAUCAUCACCGAUCAUGGACAUUUUGUUCUUUUCAACAUAUAUGGCCCAGCUGUUGAAGAAGGUGAUAAAGAGCGGGUUCAUUUUAAGCUACUAUUUUAUAAGAUACUGCAGAAACGAUGGGAACAUCUAUUGGCUCUUGGAAAGAGAGUAUUUGUUGUUGGUGAUUUGAAUAUUGCUCCUGCUUCAAUAGAUAGGUGUGAUGCGCCUCCUGGUUUUGAGAAACAAAUGUUCCGAGAAUGGCUGAGAUCCAUGCUGAGAGAACAUGGAGGUCCCUUUUUUGAUGCUUUUCGAUCCAAACACCCUGAAAGGGAAGGAGCAUAUACUUGUUUUAAUCAAAAAAUUGGUGCUGAAGAAUAUAAUUACGGUUCUAGAAUAGACCACAUUCUCAUUUCCGGUGCCUGUCUCCAUCAUUGCGAUUCUGCGGAGGAUAAUAGCAUUAUCUGUUGCCAUGUAGAAGAAUGUGAGAUAAUGAAUCAUUUCAAAAGAGGGAAUUCUGAAAAUUUUUCAAAGUGGAAAGGGGGAAGAAGUAGUAAGCUAGAAGGAUCUGAUCAUAUUCCAGUUUAUAUUUUGCUGAAAAAAAUUCCUGAACUUCCAGCUCAUAAUAUCCCACCAACAGCUGCAAGAUAUCUUCCAGAGGUUCGUGGACGGCAACAGAGUAUUGUGUCAUUCUUCAAUAAAGGGAAAACUUAUGAGCUGCAGGAUGCUGGUUGUUUGGUUCUGUCAGAGGAUACAGUAAAUGAUAGCUAUUGUAGUGAUGACUUGGAAAAUAAAACUAUAGCUAAGGACGGACUGGCAGCUGCAAAAGGUGGUAACCUUCCUAGUUUGAUGUGUAAGGGGGGAGGUCUUGAUCAAUGGAGAAAUGAAGGUUUGAGUGGCAUCUCCCGUAACAGCCAGAAAAAAUCACCAUCUGGCACCAAGGGUGUGCCAAACAAGAAGAUUAAAUGCAACUUAUCCUCUCAACCAACAAUCAAGUCAUUUUUUCAACCACCAAAGUCGGAGACAGUAAAUGUCAGUACCAGCACCUUAGUUACUCCAGUGGAAACAAUACAUUGUAUGAAUCAAAUAUGUGUUCCAAAUGAUGAUAGUCUGCCAGAAAGCAUGCAGUGCACAACUUCAGGCGCCGAAGAUCAGGAUAAAACAAAUGUAUCAUCCUGUUCACUUUCAACAGACAAGUGUAAUGCUGCAGCAUUAGAGUGGCAAAGAAUACAGCAAAAGAUGAAGAUGACACUGCCACGAUGCAAAGGCCAUCGUGAACCAUGUAUUUCAAGGUCCGUGAAGAAGGGCCCUAAUGUUGGCCGAUUAUUCUAUGUCUGUCCUCGUGCUCAGGGACCUGCAUCAAAUCCAGAAGCGAAUUGCGGCCACUUUCAGUGGGCACCUGUAAAAUCUAAAGGGAAACGUUCGUGAUCGUUUCUCCCCCUUUCAGGACAUUCUGGUUGCUAUAAGUCUGGUACAUCGCUUUGUCCCAACAUACUGAUGAUGUGGUUAUGUGCUUGUGGAGAGGAGCUGUUCUAUUAAUCAGCAAUAACACCCCACCCCCCCCCCCCGGCAAGUACAGAUAUUAAUUUUUAACCUUGUAUUUGGUUGGUUGUUGGAAACUUGCAACACUAACAAAAUGUGACCUUCCAUUCUCUUCGUAUUUUACCCUCCUGGUUUGUUAGCUUAUGUUCACUACCAAAUUAUGCAAAUUAUUAAUAGACUACUGACUAUUAGUGGAGAAUGGUGACGAAAUCAAACAAAGUUUAUUCUGUAAGCAAUGUGUCGUAUGGCAGCCAUUGUGGGCAUUAUAAAACUAUAAAUCGUGCUAGUAUUU